AUGCUCAAAAGAGCAUCAGAGAUGUGCGAGGAGAUUGUUGAGUUCUGCAAUGAGUACGAGGCAGCCGUCGUGGAUGCCGUUGCCGCGCUGCCGACCCGCUCGCCGUCGCCGACUUCCAACCCAGGCCUGGCGCGGGGACGCUACCACAGGACGUCCGACGCCUUCAAGCUGUUCGACAAAAUGCCGAAUCCGUACGACAAUCGGCCAAGUGCCCGUUGUCCGCUACUACCGGUGAGCUGUUGUACCGAGCGCGCCCAUGGAUCACGGUGCUUGCUCGAGAAAAGGGGCGCGUCUGCAAGGCGAGCUGGUGAUCCACGAUCAGCUAGCCACCUACCACCCUUCCACGCCGCCACCGCCCAGAUCUCCGUCCUAGAAACCCGCCGCCAGAAGCAAGUGCGUGAUCACCUCAUCGCCACCAUGGAUCCCGCGCUCAAAGCUUACCUCGACAAGAUGAGCGACGAGGCCACCGCCCGCGCCAACAAGCAAGACGGCGACAACAAUGCCAUCCUCCAGGCCUUGGCGACGCAGACGGCGCGGAUUGACUCCCUCGUCACCUGGAAGCCGGAGUUGGAGGCGCGGUUCACGCAAUUGGAGCUCUCGGUCGCGGCUCUCCAAGCCGCAUCAUCUUCAACUGCACCAUCCAUCGGAUCGCCGCCACUUGCGACCCCUCCCAUGGUUGCGCGCGAGAUCCAAGGGCAAUCAGGUCACGACGCGCCACUGCAUCCUGGGGGAUCCUCGUCGGUGAUCCCCGAGUCACCAGCGACUUCCCCGGUCACAGACGGCCAACGUUCAAGGCUCACCUUGCUUGGUCAGAUGAAGAUGGAAGAUGAGAUCCCAGGGGAAACCCCUAGCCCGGGUACUCCUGGUGCGGAUGAUGGCGGCGCAGCUGGCAUCGCGACCCUUCUUGAAGGCAUCAUCUUGGGGUCUGCUUGGGUGACGUGUGGUGGUGCUUGCUGCGGGAUGGUGGUGGUGGUGGUGCGGCCGGAUGGGCCGAUGGUGGGCGAGACGGGCAGUGAAACAGCUGCCAUGGCAGCGAAAGGCAAAGGUUAUGAUCAGAAUGGCCUCCCCUACUAUACUGGCUACCCAGCAGGUGAUGAUCAGAAUGCCAUGCACUUCUAUCUUGUCGCCUAUGCUGCAACUGCGGUGGGCGUCCCAGCAACUGAUGCUGUCAACAUGGACGGCAAUGCUGGAUCUCCUGCCGGCGCCGGGCAGGCCGAAUCGAUAGGCCGCAUCACACUUGCAUCAGAUGCUCCUCCCGUCGCUGCAAUCGACUCUCCGAAGUGA